UACAUUAGCAGCUGAUUUCAGUUUAUUUUUUGUUUAUCUUCAUUUAUAUCUGAGCUUAUUAAAUAUAAACAGGUCAACAAAAGUCACUGAAGUAUUGGUUAUUGGUCAUUACAUAACAUUUUAGCACCAUUCAUGGUACUUCAUGACGUUUUCGCAAAAAUGUCUUUUAGUUUUACUAAUUUCCUUGAAAAAUAAAUAAUUCAGGGUUUGAGAAAAAAUGUCGUCUCCUAUAAAGGAAGUUGUGACCAAACAGCCCAUUAAGCGCUUAGAAAUACCAAUUAACAAAUUCAAUGAUGUAGCAAUUCCUCAUCACACUGAUCUCCUCAAAAGACACAAAAACAACAUCAUAAAAUAUCAAAAUGUUCGUGACUGGGACAAAGUUUAUACGGAGCAAAUUAAUGCAUCAAGGGUUGUUAAACAGUUAAAACAAUUAUUAUAUGAAAUGGAUACACUGCGAGGACAAGUAAUUGACAAUGAUAUACCAACAUUUGAUAAAUUGACAAUUAAGGCACGAACUAGUACUUUAAAUGCUAUCAAUGAAUAUCUAGAAUUUCAAAUAGAUCUAUCUUCUACUGACAAAAAUUCUUUAAAAGAAGAAACUCCGACACAUGAAAAUUCUUCAUUAGACAAUCAAUUUUUGCAAAUUCAAGCUGAGCAAGAAGAUCUUGAUCAACAAGAAGCAUGUCUUCGUGCAUGGACUUCCUUGCAAAAUGAUUUGCAAGAAUUGCAACAUUUGUUUUUAGAUUUUAAUAAGCUUGUUCAUGAACAAGCUGAAUCGGUUGACAAAAUUGAGGACUUUGUUGAAGAAAGUCAAAUCAAUAUAAAAGAAGGAAACAAAAACUUACAGCAAGCUGCCAAAUAUAAAUUAGUUGGAUAUCCUAUUGCCGGAGCUCUUUUGGGUACUUGUUUGGGUGGACCUGUAGGUCUAGCAGUUGGUUUGAAAUUAGGUGGAUUAGCGGCAAUUGGUGGAGGGUUACUUGGUUUUACAGGAGGAACAUUGUUGAAGAAAAAAUGUUUACUUUUACCAGAAUUAAAGCAAAUUGAAGCACCAAAAGAAUCUGAAAAUUUACAAGGGCACAACAAUCACCAAGAUAAAAAAAACUCAUGACAAAGUGAUAAUGUGAAAAAUAAUGAAUCUUGUAAAAUUUUUUAAGUUUAAUAA